UGCUGUUUCUUGACUAUAUUAUAAUAUUAUUUUAUUUAAUUCAUACAAGUUUAUAAAUUAGUUAUAACUGAAUGAUUAAUAAUUAAAAAAUGUAUAGUGCGAUUUUUAUAUUUGUAUUUUUAAGUCAAUUAUGUUUUGGAUUUUUAUCUACGGUGAAUUUUAAGAAUGAAAAAAGAGAAUAUGUAACAUAUCUAACUCAAGUAGUAAAUUUAAUACGUGUACAAAAGGGUUGGAAUUGUCUAAAUAAUUUUGAACUGAAAUUAAAUUCGUCCGAUGGUAUACAUGUUGAAAAAGUUUUGGCAAAAAAAAUUAGCAAUACAAAUCUUUUAGAUGUAUUAACUUUAAUAAUUGUUUUACUGAACAAUGUAUAUAUUGAAAUUAUAAGAUCAUUUCUAGAGUUUCUUAGAAUCAUUAUAAACAAGUGUGAAAGGUAUUCUGCCGAUUAUUUAUUUAAUAAAUUGAUUGUUUAUUCUGAAUUACUUGAGAAUAGUGUAAAAAAAUCUACAAUUUUAUUUGACAAAUUGUAUAAAGCAACAACGUUUAUCAGUUCUUUAGAUUUAAAAUAUGCAUUUCCUAAAAUUGAAGGAAAUCCUUUUGUUAUAGUUGAUGAAAUAUAUUUUAUCAAACAAUUCGUAAGUUCCAUAAUAUUAACAAAUUGGUCAUAUUAUAAGACCCAAAGAGGAGAUUUAGUCAAAACUACAGCAGUAACAGUUUUAUCCAAUAUAACAAAUUUCGCAAAUGAGGUAACUAGAAUGGUAUUUAUCAAUAAAUUGAAAAAUAAUAUUUUAGUAAAUUUUUCCUACCGAAUUAAUAUUGAACAAAUACUUGAUAUGGAAUACAAAACCUGUUCAAAUAAAUUCUCGAGUUAUAAUGAAUUUAUUUUACACGAACUCGAUACAGUUUAUGACCAUAUUGCAAGAAAUGGAUUUGAUGAAUUUGGAUUUAAUUUAUUACUUUUUCCUGCGAUAAAUAAUAUUCCGUCACUCGUACCACCACUAGAUGAUCCAAACAAUCCAGGACAACGAAUAGCAGCUAUGAAUAUACUUAUUGAUGAGAUUAAUUGGGAUUCUUUGACUGGUAUAUCAAUACAGGAAUCCUAUCAAACAAUUAGUUUGAGCCGUGUUCUCAGAGAUCCAGUUGAUAAUUAUAACUUUCAUCUCAAAAAAAUAUAUAUCAUAGUUUUAUUCAGGUGUAAGAUUUUAGAAGUAUUAACAGAAUACACUUCUUAUUUAACUGUAAUCUUACAAUUAUUUGGCGAAGAGAAAAAAGAUUUAGAGUUUGCAAUUAAUCAUGUUAAAUAUGUUGAAUCGGUAUAUAAAUUUUUUGAUACUGUUAAAAGGACUCAGGAAUUUUUUAAUAAUAUAAAUACAGCCAUAAUGAAUUUAAAGAAAUCGUCGAUUUGGUCUCAAAAACAAGCAGAUUCAUUAUUAUCACCCAUAGAAAAAUUGAUAAAUGAUUAUUUUGUUUUGUUAAAUAAAAAAUCUUUACUACGUGAUGAUUUUUUUCAUAUAGAGAAUUCUGAUAUGGAAAUAAUAGUACACAAAUAUCUAUCUGAUAUAAAACUAGUAAGAAAUAUGUUGUCAAGUAAGUUAUGCGACUCGAAACGAAAACGAUUAGUGAGUUGUAUAUUUGAAUCAAAUCCCAGAUUUGAUCAAAGAAAUUUUAUAAAAAUGAUCAAGAAAAAUGUUGCUGAGUUGAACAAUACUGAAAUUAAUGAUUCGAUUACAUACUGUCAACAAGCUUGUGUGGAACUGACCAAGUAUUGUGAAAAUUUUAACAACGUUGAACUUAAAAAUCUUGGUUUUCAUAAAAUUUAUUGAAAUAUUUCUUAUUUUAAUAACUAAUUAUGACAUAUUUUAAAUUUUCAUUGUAUUCAUAAUUAAAUUCUUUUUAGCUUCGAUGCGAAGCUGAGAAGAUAUUGGUUUUA